AUGUCAAGUCCCAUCCAGCUGAACAUCCUCCUCCAGCGAGUGUACUUGAGGGGCCAACCGACGAAAUCGGAACAGACGACGAGGAGUCUCCUGGGGGCACUUGAGGGACUACACUGCGUGGUUGCAUUACCUCCUACGAAACCUGACCGGGUCGUUCACGUAACAACGGACCGUCAAGGGCCUUUGCUGUAUGCCCUAACGGAGUAUGUCAAGUCCCAUCCAGCUGAACAUCCUCCUCCAGCGAGUGCACUUGAGGGGCCAACCGACGAAAUCGGAACAGACGACGAGGAGUCUCCUUGGCCAACGGCUCGGCUAACAUUCUCCGACUUCGACACAUGGAUGAAUGGACCUGAGGCGGCUAAGGUGCCAAAUCAGAUGCUUGACGUGUUGAGGCAACACCGAGAAUUAUUCCCCGACAGCCUGCCCGACGGCUUGCCGCCCAGGCGGCCUUACGACCACCGCAUCCUCCUCGCGCCCGGAAAACUCCCCACACGCGCACCAAAAGGUCAUGCCGUUCGGCCUGAAGGGUGCACCAGCCACCUUCCAAGCCAAUAUCAAUGCGUAUCUGCAACCACUCUUGGGUCUCGGCUAACAUUCUCCGACUUCGACACAUGGAUGAAUGGACCUGAGGCGGCUAAGGUGCCAAAUCAGAUACUUGACGUGUUGAGGCAACACCGAGAAUUAUUCCCCGACAGCCUGCCCGACGGCUUGCCGCCCAGGAGGCCUUACGACCACCGCAUCCUCCUCGCGCCCGGAAACCUCCCAACACGCGCACCAAUAUAUAAAAUGCCUCCUGAUCAGAUAAAACAUCACAACCAGGAGAUCGCUUGUUUAACAGCUAAGGGGUGGAUCGGGCCUACCUAUUCUCCUAUAUGCGCACCCACCAUCAUGGUCGACAAAAAGGAGGAUGGCAGCGGAGAACGCAAAAUGCGCAUGGUCGUCAACUAUCAGGCCCUCAACGCGUUGACGAUCGCGCCAGAAUUCCCCAUGCCUAGCGUCCAGUCGGUCCUUGAGAUGCUAGGUGGGGCCACUGUCUUCUCCACGAUGGAUUUAGAGGCGGGCUUCCACCAAAUCCGCAUGGCCCGUACGGACAGGUGGAAGACAGCCUUUCGCUCCGUGCAAGGACUUUACGAAUAUAAGGUCAUGCCGUUCGGCCUGAAGGGUGCACCAGCCACCUUCCAAGCCAAUAUCAAUGCGUAUCUGCAACAACUCUUGGGUAAUGGGGUGAUAGCUUAUCUCGACGACGUUUUAACCUAUAGCGCGACCUUAGAGUCGCACACCCAACUUCUCAAACAGGUCUUAGGGAUUUUUCUACGUCACCAAUUUUAUCCGAAGCUCGCGAAGUGCAGGUUCGGACAGCGGGAGUUAACAUACCUGGGCUAUCGAAUAAGCGCGGAUGGCAUUAAGCCCACAGCGGACAAGGUUGAGGCAAUCUCCAUGUGGCCUGAGACCCUGGCAAAUGAAACCCAAGUCAGACAAUUCCUCGGUACGGUAAAUUAUUGCCGCAUGUUUAUGGGACCUACGUUUGCUGAAGUAGCAAGACCUCUAGUUGACUUAACCCGAAAGAACGCAACAUUCACCUGGACAGAAAAACACACAGCAGCCGUACGGCGCCUUAAGCAACUCCUCUCUGAGUAUACAACAUUGCAGAUCCCGGAUCCUUCUAAACCAUAUAAGCUCUACACGGAGGCGUCCGGGUAUGCCAUCGGGGCAGUUCUGGAACAGGAUGCCAAACCUGUGGGAUUUCUCAGCCAAGUAAUGAGUCCCACACAACAGCGGUAUUCUAUCUACGACCAGGAAUUACUCGCUCUUAUCACAGCCUUACACAAAUGGCGUCAUUGGCGUGGCGUCAUCUUCUCCGCGGCGCUCGGGUCACAGCGUACAUGGAUCACCAAGCAUUGA